UGUCAUUGUCAAUGUCAUUAAUCAUGCUUGGUGUCUCAUGCUGAAGUUAUAAUUAUUUUUAAAAAUUUUGCUAAAAUGGUUGUUCUACACAAUUUACAAGAUAUUUAUCUUGAAUCGGCAAGACAAGUAACACUAAAUUUGCCAACAAUUAAACAAAACUACUUGAAAAUUGAUUAUGGAAAUUCUGAUAAUAAAGGAACAGUAUACAAUGGUUCAGAACCUUUAUUACCUUUUGCUGCAAGUAGGGUUAUUAAAGCUGGUAUCAGAAACUGGAAACGGCUCACAGCAGAUCAUGAGGAUUGUAAGGCUGUGUAUGAAGUGACUUUUGAUGUGACAGGUAGUAAUUUAAAUUUCAGGCCCGGCGAUACCAUAGGUGUUAUUCCAAGAAAUCUCGAUACAGAAGUCAGUUUAAUUAUAAAUCAUUUGGAAUUAUCUGAUGUAGACUGUAGUUAUAAUAUAACUGUAAACAGUCAGAAGGGAAAGAUACCUGCCCAUAUCCCUGUUAAAUCUACAUUGAGAUAUGUUCUUACAUAUUGUGUUGAUUUGAGAAGUGUUAUGAAAAAACUGUUCCUACUUGCAUUAUCAGGAUAUACAAAAAAUGAAACAGAAAAGAAAGUACUUGAGUAUAUUUGCAGUAAAGAAGGUUCCACAGCAUAUACAAAUUGUAUAUUAAAUAAAAAUAUAUGCAUUUUAGAUUUAUUUGAAAUUUUCAAAACAUGCAAACCUCCUGUAGAAGUUAUAUUAGAACAUCUUCCUAGAUUACUGCCUAGACCUUAUUCUAUAGUGAAUAGUUGUUUAUUAAAUCCUAAUGAAGUAAAGAUAUGUUUUUCUGUAAUGGAUAUUGGAAAUAAUAGAAAAGGUCUUGUAACUGGUUGGUUAGAAAGUCUUAUACAUAAAAGCCUUGAAGAUAUGAUGAGUAAUAUCACUAUCACAGAUAAAAAGUACACAACCAUAGACAAAGUUCCAAUAUAUUUGAGGAAGAAUGUAAAUCAGUUUAGUUUUCCAGAGAAUAUGUCAAAGCCAAUGUUGCUUAUUGGUCCUGGUACUGGUGUUGCGCCAUAUAUUGGCUUUCUUGAAGAACAAAUGAAAGAAAAAAAACCAAACGAAAGUAUUUGGUUAUUUUUUGGCUGCAGAAAUCCUGAUUUAGAUUUUAUUUAUAAAGAUAAGUUACAGGAAUUUAAGGAUUCUGGUGUGUUAACUAAAUUGAUAACAGCUUUUUCUAGAUUGGAGAACUGUGAAGAUAAAUAUAUACAGGAUGCAAUAUUCAGUAAUGGAGAAGAAGUAGCCAAGUUACUGAAAAAUGGCGCGUUAGUUUAUGUUUGCGGUGACGUCAAAACAAUGGCCAUUAAAGUAAAGGAAUCUUUAGUGAAGUGUUUAGUUAAUUUUAAUGAAUUUACGCAAGAUGAAGCUGAGAAGUUUGUUUAUGCUAUGCAAAAAGAGAAGACAUAUUUAAUUGAUUCAUGGAAUUAAAAUGAUUUCUACUGUAA